AUGCGCCAGCGGGGAAUCGCACGAUCUGUAGGCAAUCAUCAACAAACGUCCGAACUUGCGAAGCUAUGCAGAGAAGCGACAAAGGAAGAUCUGGAAGAGAAAAGAGCAGGAAAUUCGUCUGAAGCCGCCGAAUCUGGUAAGAGCAUUCGCGAAGCUCGUCGGAGCUUCGUCAAUUAUAGGACCAAGAUGACUUCCCUUCGUCGACCUGACGGAACUGUUACUGCAUCCCAAAGGACAAUGGAGAAGGUCACCUACGUUUUCUGCUCUGAUCUGUUUUCUGCUCUGAUCUGCGCCAGCCACGUCCACCUGCCCACCAACCAUCUUAGGCAAGACGGAUACGUCGUCCCUUCAGUUCUCCCUUCCGGAAGUCGACAUGCCAUCACGUCGACGAGGAAUGGUACGGCACCUGCUUCCGAUAGUAUCAAAGCAGAACAUCUAAAGAGCCUUUCGCCGGUCAUUGUCAGAACCCUGGCCCGGUCUGAGAUGGUCAGACUUCUUCACGAAAGCUCUGAACGAAAGGAAUGUUGGACCUCGUAUCCCCGAAGCGAGGACGAUUCACUGGUCCACUCUGGCUCGUGA